AUGAACGGUAUGACCGAACCGUUACCUGGCCUCCUUGACGAUCCUCAAUUCCAGAUCACGGAUCUCCCCGCCCUCACCGACUUCCAUAUCGCUCCCCUUCGCAAUCCGGCUCCCGCUCGCCAUGGAAACGUCCCUUCGCCUCUCGAGCCGCUGGCCGACAACCUCCUGCACAGCACUCGGAAUGGCAAGAACCAAAAGCCAGUGGAUGGUAGCAAUGAGAAGAAGCGUGCGCCGAAAAUCACACCAAAUGACGUCCUCCUGGCUCGCGAAGCAAAGAAGCCCCAUCUCGCAAUCAGCGAACUUGUUGAUGCCAAUAACCAAAUUGCCCCCAUGCAGCUUCCAUCGUUCAUCAGUUUGUCUGUUGUCGAGAAAUCCCCGAUUCAAGCACCAAGUUCUCUGGAACCCGUGUCCAAGCGCGCCAGGCUUGAUGACAACGAUCACAUAUCGCUUGAUCUAGUUCGACGACUGCCUCGCCCUGCUCAGAAAGAUGACCGCCAGAGCAGACCGGCCCCUUUACUGCCGGCCAUGGUCACCGGAUUGCACGAACCUCCUCCCUCUGCGGCUUUACUGCCCUCUAUCGACGUAGACUCACGACCGACACUUUCACGAAGCACGACUUCGAAAAUCCACGUCAAGGACAUACUGACGGAGCCGGACAAUGUGGGAGCCACUGCUUCAACAUCACGAUCUGUUGUCAGAAAUCAGAAGGAGGUUGAACAAACCAUCGAAGCUGGCCCAAGCAGCCAGCCGUCCAAGCCUCAAACCCUGAACGAAGCAGUUGCGCCGCCGGCUACCUCGGACGAUAAGAAACAAGUACGGAGACCUCGGCGAAGAUGGUCGGACAACGAGACCAUGGACCUUCUUGCAGGUGUAAGGAAGUAUGGCGUUGGCAAGUGGAAGCAAAUCCUUGUUGAUCCCGACUUCAAUUUUGUCGGCCGAAGUUCUGUAGACCUCAAGGACCGUUACAGAGUGUGUGCCGCAAACAAUAACAUCGCCAAAUACGGUCCCUCACCGAGGAGAAGCCCAUCUGCCACCGAUCUGUCUGCGGCGAGCGCUCCAGGCGGCAUUGCUCGAGACAGUGCUUCUCCUGAACAUAUUUUGCCAACAAGCCCUCCGGCAAGUCUAGAACAACCUCAGAGACAACGACGCCGGAGGCGCGUGUGGACUGAUUAUGAAGACUCCAAUCUUCUAAAAGGCGUGGCUAGACACGGCUUCCAGUGGACUGCCAUUCACGACGAUCGAGAUCUCGACCUUGGACACCGAAAAGCAACCGACCUACGUGAUCGGAUUCGCAAUAGAUUUCCCGACGGGUACAAGCAUGCAGAGACCGCGCCAUUGAGGUCUGAGGUCAAGAAAGCAGCGCAACGGCAGGAGCAUCCUUCUGCCGUAGCAACGGGCAUGGAAUCUACCAGUGCAGCUGCACCAAAAAAGACCCCGGAACCGCGAUCCAAAGCAGCCAUUAUUCUCCCGGUGUCUACUGGCGGCACUUCGACCUGGGCACGAACCGCUGAUGGGCAACCACAUCGAUCUAUAUCAAACACAACGCUAGCCAUGUUACUGCGAGACGACAGCGACGGUGAGGUAGCCGAGCCCAGGGACAAGGCAGAAAAGGAAAGAGACAGAGACAGGGAACAACCCGGCGUAACUCUCCCGAGCUUCACACUGGGCGUUGACGACAUGGAUUGGGGAAAUAAUACUCUACCUCCACUGCAUGAGUGGGACGAGAUUGGAAUCUGA